CAAUAGCCAUUGCAUUUUAUCAUUGUCACAGCGUCCAUUUAGUAUUGUCACGCGUCUUGAAAAUUGUUAAUUUGUAUUUUUUAUUUUGUUAAAUCUUAUACAUAUUGUCAUGCAACUGAAGAUCGUUGAUCGUAAUGAUAGCUCGGACGAUGAGAGCGAGGAGGAGAUGCACGAUGAUAAUCCUGAGUCCCAAGAAUCCGAUUUGGGCGAAGAAGAAGAGCAGUUUAAGGAUGAGGAUGAGAUGGCGAAUGAUGACGAGCAGCCGGAUGAAGAAGAGCCCGAAUCCGAUAAUGCUCCCCAUCCUUAUCCCACUCCACCGCCCGAGGAUGGGUCAAAAAUGGAACCCCCCAAGUCGAUGGUACCAAAACCGAAAGGAUCGCUUAAAUCCCUAGCGUUCAUGGCCAUUGCAAAACUGGCAAGUCGAUCAGGAUCUUCGGUUCCGGCCAUCAUAUCAUAUCUCAAGGAUAAUGGUCACGAGUUUAAGGAUCCAAAGAAAACCGCGCGCACUAUGCACCGGGCUCUCAAGGUUGCCGAGCAAAAUGGGGAGGUGGUCAUGGUCAAGCGCUCCUUUAAACUCACCGAAAAGCAGAAGAGCUCCUCCAAGGCUGUGGAGAAAAUGAAGGCCAAGAAGCAGAAAGAAAAAGAGAAGAAAGCCAAGGCCGAACAAAUGAUGAAGGAGAAAGCCGAAAAGAAAGAGGCCAAGUUGAAAGCGAACACUAAAGAAAAGAAGGCUGCCAAGGAAAAGACCAGCAAACCAAGCGAGCGGAAAACAAAACAAGCUGGAAAAAAGAAGAAAGAGGACAGAGUCAAGGAUGUACCACCAAAAUCUAAAACAGCCGCAUCCGCGGCCGCACAAGCUUUGCUGGAUACUCCGAAGACCACCAGCCCAGAAGCGAAAAAGAAGCCGGCGAAGUCCAAAACUAAAGUCAAGGCGGAACUAUCCGAAGCUGAAAAGUCGAAAAAACCCCGCAAGUCCAUCGGAACCCUGGCUCAGCCCAAGACAUCUAGGCCGAAAGUCAAAGCGGUCAAGAAACUGGUGGCCGGCAAGGGAGUUAUGUCUACACCGGAGCUGUCCUCGACGGAUAUAUCAAAGGCCCAGGCCAUGUCCACUCCUCAAGGACCUACUAAAGCAAAGCGCCAGCGCAAAGCUUAAUUGCAAUUAAUUUGUUCAUCCAAAGUACAUGUAAAAUAUGGUUAAUAAAAAAUAAUAAGUCUUGUAAUGUCUAAACUAAAA